UGAGAUAACUCGUAACAAAAAAGUUGGUGUGCUUUAGUGGCGUUGAUUCAUCGCCAGCUCCACUGCUUGGCUUUUCAGAAGAUUUUAAAAUAAAUGUUCUUUUAUUGCUUUCACACGUUCUUCCUGUGUCAGUACGAAGGAUAAUACGCCUAAGUAAAUAGUAAACUCGUUGGGGGUGGAGUUGGCUUUUAAGCUCGUGGAUAAAUGCCUCUAACUCUCAUCCCCGACUGUCAAUGUUCCAGUUGAUGGGGGGCAUAGCAAAGCAUAAAUAAUGAAAUUUGUUUUUAAAAUAAAGCAUGAACCCCAAUCGUGUUUAAGUGUACAAAUUACACUAUCAGGGCCCUCAAAUCGACCACGGUUAUAUUUUCAAUUCGGAUUUCCGUCAUAAUACGUAAACAUUCGGAAGCUGAUUUCAGAAUUCACAGCAAUUUUGAGUCCUGUUGCGUAAUCUUUUGGUCAGUAAGGGUUCAAACAAGAGCAUGACGCGUGGGUGUGAAGCCACAUUCUCGGAAAACCGAAAACCGAAAUCGUUACUGAAGGGAAACCGUCGGUUCGUAUCUUGCUGACUGUACCGAGUCAUUAGACAGGCAGGUGUGGGCCUGUUCUCGUCUUCCGGCAACAGGAUUCCAAGCCGUGAGACGCGAAGCGCAACAGAGCGAGCGCUAGACUCCGCCUCAGUGCCGAGAACAGCCAAUCAAGUUAAGAGCCUGCCAAUGAUUCCACACAGAAUCCUUAUAUAUAAAGUAUUUCCCGCGUCCGAACAGACCAUGAGACCACAUGGCCUGUGGUUGAGUGAGUCGGUGCUGUAUUUGAGGCAAGUUAACCCAGUGCAGUGCGUUGGGAGUAGUGCGACCAGAAUGAGCCUGUGAGUCGUCGAGUGUACCGGCUAUGGGCAGACAUCCGCUGAUACCAGCAGCAGUGCCCGACCUAGGUCCCGUUCCCAGCUCCCGGUUGCUUCUCGUCGCCGUUUUCGCCGCCGCCCUCCUGUCCCUGUUCUCCUCAGGGAACAGUCGCGGGGUAGCGGCACUCUCCUUCCCGAUUCCUGUCAUCGCUGCCCCAGAACCUGCUACAUACGACGUCGAUCAGGAGGAAGAACAUCGGGCGAAUUCCAGAGAGAAAGAAUCUUCCAGACUUGGAGAAGAGGAAGUGACGAAGCUGAAACAGAGGAUCCUGGAAGGCUUGGGCCUGACGCGGACUCCAGACGCGUCGAAGAUGAACGUCAGCCAGGAGGAAUAUGCACGAAUGUACGCAGUGUACCUGCGCAGUGUAGACGAUAAUCGACGCCGACGCCAAAGAGAGCAGAGGCAGGAGAUGGAGCAUGAACGUCUUGGUGGCGUCACAGCCCAGAGAUUCUACAGUUUCACCCACGCUGGUCACCUGAGGCAAAGGCUACGUCGCGAGUCUGUGUCGAGGCUUCGUCAGGGUGACACCACGUGGCUCUACUUCCCUCUCGACAUACCAGAGGCUCGCCAUAGUAGCCAGGUGCGUACUGAGUACGCAACUCUACGACUGUUCGUGUCUGGGCUCGAUCCAGAAGAGGCAGCUCGUGGUGGCAACACAGUCGACGUGCGUGUGUACCGGGUUCUUCAGCCGGACGAAGAAUCCCAGAUAAACGACGAUGGAACUACACGCGAGCUCGAGGAACGGAGAUUGUUGGUGGACCAACGUCGGAUUCAUCUCGCUGCUUCGGCAUCGAAAUGGACAGAAUUUGAUGUGACAAAAGCGGUGGACGCAUGGGUGAGCGAAGGAGCCAGUAACCUGGGGCUGGAAGUCGAGUGUCGAGAAUGCCUACGGCGUGGUGUUACCUUCGUCACGCAGGACACUGAAGGGAGUAACAGUUCCAUCAGCCCGGUUCUGAACGUUCUUGCUGAAGUUCACGUUGAAGCAAACUCCAGACAGAAACGUUCAUCCGAUCCGUUUUACAGUGCACACCACAGUAGACGGACUGAAUGCCGAAAAGAUGGUCAGCGAUGUUGCAGGCACAAGAUGGAGGUUGUGUUCAGGGACUUGGAGGGGUUCGGCUUCAUUCUCGAGCCGAAGGGUUUCGACGCCGGCUACUGCAAAGGGCGGUGCCCACCCCGAUAUAACCCUGCCCAUCACCACGCGUUACUGCAGAGUCUGAUCUGGAAGCAGAACAGGGACCGUGCCCCGAGGCCGUGCUGCGCCCCCAACAAACUCACCGACCUCGAGAUCCUUCACUUGGAUGACCAAAACCCCUCGAAGCUGAAGGUGUCCAACUGGAAGAACAUCCGUGUUCUUGAGUGCGCGUGUUCCUAAGAUACCUCGUGUUUCUCGUCUGAUUCAUUUGACGCAUUGAACGAUGAACACGGCGGACAAACUAGCAAAUUCUACCAAAGAAUUCGGCAAAGUGUCGACUGUAUUUAAUAAUUAGUCUGUGAAUUUGGAGGCGGAUUGCCGUCUGCAUGCGUUACGGGUUCCAUUGGUCACGUUAGUGGCCAACGCACUUGAUGUUUGAACAGG